AGCACACAAGGAUGAGGGGAGAGAAUGUCACCCAGGUCAGCAUGUUCAUCCUGGUGGGCUUCCCCACGGCCCCUCGGCUGCAGUAUGUGCUCUUCCUCCUCUUCCUGCUCACCUACCUCUUUGUGCUGGUGGAGAACCUGGCCAUCAUCCUCACCGUCCAGACCAGCUCCUCCCUCCACAGGCCCAUGUACUACUUUCUGGGCUCCAUGUCUUUUCUGGAGAUCUGGUACGUAUCUGACAUCAACCCCAAGAUGCUGGGUGGUUUCCUCCUGCAGCAGAAACACAUCUCCUUUGUUGGGUGCAUGACUCAGCUCUACUUCUUCAGCUCCUUGGUGUGCACUGAAUGCGUGCUCCUGGCCUCCAUGGCCUAUGAUCGCUACGUGGCCAUCUGCCACCCCCUGUGCUACCAAGUCAUCAUGACCAUGGGGCUCUGCGUCCAGCUGGUGGUCUUCUCCUUUGUGAGCGGCUUCUCCAUCUCCGCCAUCAAGGUGUACUUUAUCUCCAGCGCCACGUUCUGUGGCUCCAAUAUCGUGAACCACUUCUUCUGUGACAUUUCCCCUAUCCUCAAACUAGCCUGCACAGACUUCUCGACUGCAGAGCUGGUGGACUUCAUCCUUGCCUUCAUCAUCCUGGUGUUUCCCCUCAUGGCCACCGUGCUCUCCUAUGGACACAUCACCCUGGCUGUCCUGCGCAUCCCCUCGGCCACUGGACGCUGGAGAGCCUUCUCCACUUGUGCCUCCCACCUCACCGUGGUCACCAUCUUCUAUACGGCCAUGAUCUUCAUGUACAUCCGGCCCCAGGCCAUCGAUUCCCGGAGCUCCAACAAGCUCAUCUCUGCUGUUUACACUGUCCUCACCCCAAUAAUCAACCCGUUGAUCUACUGUCUGAGGAACAAGGAAUUUAAGGCUGCCUUGAAAAAGGCUCUUGGGCUAGGUCACCCUUCACAAUAGGACAGUCAAACAUCCUGAAAUCUAAUUUGUAGUGAUAAUAAAAUGCUAUCUUAUAUUGCACUUUAUGCUUUUUAAAGUAAAUCUGCAAAUGAAAUAUAGCAAACUA